AGCCACAUCUACUGCCGAGAGACACACACACACACACACACAGUACAGCUCCUCUGCCAUGGCCUCCUUCUAGCAUCUCACUAAAGGGAAGUAGCGCAACUGGAGGAGAUUGGCGAAGACGUCAGUCAGCACUCAGCAGUCCUGACAUCACUGAGAUUAAAAUCUGAAAAGGAGAGAAACGACCAAUCCUGCAAGAAAGAAAACAGAAAGCGAGUGCGAUCUGAGAUUUUUGUACAGAAAGCACAGCAGACUUCUGAACAGGAAUAAUGAGGAACAGCUGGAUGUUGCUCGCUCUUUCAGCACUUUGCCUUCUGGGAAAAGGGGUCCUGGUGACAGGUCAGCUCGCCUCAGCCGAUGACCUCUACCUGGAAGAACAGCAGUCUGGUGAUUAUUCUGUCGAUGAUGAUGAAUUCAACUCUGGCUCAGGAUCAGGUUUUGCUGAAAGUGAUGAUGAAGAUGUGCGCACAGUGAAAAAAAUACAAAGCAUAAAGCCUACACAGCAUUCCACACAGACAAGCAGCCCAGGCCUGGAGAUCACCUCAUUUACUGUGCCAGACACAUGGCUGACCUCCACAGAUGCAGGACACGGGGGCACAGAGAUGGAGAGGCCCCAGGGCAGUGACACAGCCACCAGCACUAGGAGUUCUACGGAAUCUGACAAGCAAAAUGUAGUGCAAUCCGAAAACCUCUUCCAGAGGACUGAAGUGCUGGCAGCUGUUAUAGCUGGUGGUGUGAUUGGCUUCCUGUUUGCCAUCUUCCUCAUUCUCCUGUUGGUGUACCGCAUGAGGAAGAAGGAUGAAGGCAGCUAUGAUCUGGGAGAGCGCAAACUACCCAGUACAGCUUAUCAGAAAGCACCAACCAAGGAGUUCUAUGCCUAAAUGAGCAAUUACACUCAACAUUAACUCCCAUAUGACAUAUGACCAACAUUUCCUCAGUCACCAAAAACAAAAGCUGGAAUUAUAAAAGACUGAGGAGGUUUUUAUUGGGAACUUAUUUAAUAACAAAGAUACAGUAUUUUUUGCUUCAUAAAGCCAAUCAGAUAUUAUGUUUUUAUUAUGGAUCAUGACUUAUUUCUCAUGUGGUUUUUAAAAAUUGUUGGAGAAAAUAAUGUAAUAUAAAACAACAAAUGUCAUGAUUCGUUUCAUCCAUAGACUACUUUGUGACUAUAGAGGUACAUAUUUGUAUUUUUUAAAUAUACAAAAGUUCUGAAAUCUGGAUUGUAAAUGUACUUUAUCUUUUAUGCUAUAAUAAUUACCCUGAUUACAUUUGAGCAUCUCCAUAUUGAUGUCAAUAUUGAUCUCAUUCUUAAUUUAGGUACUAUAUAAAGUGUUGAUUUUUUUUAUAAACUAUUCUCUCUUUUAACCAGUUCUCUCUAUUUGGGCUUGUAAAUUUUUAGUGCUGUCAAAAAUUUGUAUAUUUUGUCAAUUCAGUAUCAAAAUAUAGGGAAACAAUUUUUAAAAUAUAUUAUUUGUUCUGAAUCUUUUUUACAUCAAGCCAAGAACAAAUCCUGAUUCUCUCUCUCUCUCUCUCUCUCUCUCUCUCUCUCUCUCUCACACACACACACACACACACACACACACAUAUUGCCAUGCCAGGUAAAGUAAAACACACUGUAAAUCACUGUGUCAUUAUCUCUUGUCAUUUAUUCCCUCUGGUUCUCAAACCCAAUUUAAAAUGCUUUUUUUAUCCUAAGCCAUGACAGAUAAAGAGCAAUUGAAUUUUCCUCUUUAAACAGUCUGUGUCUUCAAAUGUUUCCCAAAUACAGUACUGCAAAUUUAGAAUGCGAAUAUAAUGGCAUAACCAUCCUUAACUCAAAUAAGGGGAGUUAUUUGCACUAAACAACUUCCAGUAUUAAAAUGAUUGCACCAGGGACAUUUGAUACUGUCCACAUAGUCAUGAAACACUGGUCUUGGCUAAUAAACUGAGCCAAAACCAGCAGCACUUGAGUGCAUAAAUGUUCACUAAUGAGCCCUAAUCCGUCCAUUUCCAUGGUCAUCAAAGCUAUAUGUUUGGAAGCCUGGAAGCAUUUCGCUUCUCAGAAUCAGUCUGCAGAGCACACACAUUAUUCUCCAGUCUGAUGUCUGUAUUUGUGUAAGAGAAGGCUGUUUACAUGCUUUAGUCGGAUUUGGUAACAAAUGCUAAUGGGGGAAUUACAGCUUCUGAAAAGCAUUAAAUCUUAAUGCAGAUAGCUGUGAGGACUCAGACUGUUUAAUGAUAAAAAUUCCAUUAUGCCAGAAUGAUUAAACAGAGAGCAUCCAUGUGUUAUCCAAAAUGAUUGAGUUAUGACCAAAAAAAAGAUGCUGAGUGCUUCAUGACAUAUGGAGAUUCCAAGCAUAAGUGCACUUCAUUUACACAUUUUGGGGUUUUACGCAUACUGUGUUUACUGAUGAUAUUUGAAACAUUUAAAAAUGUUGAAUUCUUGAUUCCUGUUACGUAUUAAUAAUUGUCGUCAUUUUCCAAAGCCUGUCCUGAUUAUUGUCAUGAUGACUCUGAUUACAUAUUUACAUUCAUUUUCCUAUUUCCUAUUUUUGCUUAAUUUCCUUUAAAGAUAUGGCAGGUUGAGUCAAUGAUUAAUUUGUAUAUGUUAAUAUACAAUAAUUUAUAGAAUAUAACUAUUUAUAUACAACAUAUUAAAUGUAAUAUGUUAAAUACAAAACAAUCUAGCAAAAUGUAUAUUCACAUUUAAAUGCCCUUGAAGUGCCUACUGUUUUGAAAGAUUGCCAUUUUGGGGCAUUUGAAGACAUUUGUACAACAGAAUGAAGGAUGGAGUUUCAUAAGCAUGGCUGAUAAUGGAAUGGUUAUGGAGUUAUAAAAACAGUGUUGUAAUAAACACUACUGAAUAAA